AUGCUUGCCGUGAUUCUCCUUUUCAUUGUGGUGGCCGUUCUUUACUGGUUCCGACCCGCCAGGAUGGGUGCGGCGCGCGCUACACGGCCCGCGUGUGACGUCGAAAAACAGCCGCAACUCGACCUUCGAUCCGAACCCUCCCCAACCACCAUGACACUCCUCCAAUUCCUGCGGCAGGCCCGCCAGGUACACUUACAAUUUCUUGCGGGCACGCUGUCCGAGCCCCCUAUCUACGUACUGGGCAAUCCCUCCGCCGAUCUCGACUCCAUCAUCUCGGCCAUCGUGUACUCUUACUGUGCCUCCAACCGUCUCCCCACCACCACGCCCCGUCCCCAUGUGCCACUCCUCAAUCUCCCCAAUGUGCCCGCUGGCUCCGAACUAUACCGUCUACGCCCCGAGUUCGCGACGGCCCUAUGGCUGUCGACCAAUUUCCCCGCAGUCCGCCCCGAGGAGCGCUUCGAGUAUACAUCCGAGUCCGCUGGCAAGCUCCUGCGGGACCAUCUCGUCACGGUGGCGGACUUUGCACAGAGUCUGAAAGAGUCUACGGCACGCUCAAGUCUGCUAUUUGAUGCGGUCAUGGUCGAUUGGAACGCGAUGCAAUCCCGAGUCGACGGGAAGCGAGGAUAUGGAUCCAUCGCCGGCUUGGAGGAAGUGACUUUCCGUACAGUGGGAUGCAUCGAUCACCAUGUCGACGAAGACUUCAUGCCACGUCCCGAGGAAAUCCCUGCUGGUCAGCCAAUGAUUGUCCUGCCCGGGCCGGGGUCUUGUUCGUCGCUCGUAACGAGUGAAAUGCACAAACGCGCCUUUUGGCCCUCUGGCAAGGACUCCGCUCUGGCGAUCGCACAGGUUGCCAAGCUUAUCUUGGCUCCAGUUCUCGUCGAUACUUCCAAUCUUACGUCUGAGGACAAAGUGAAGGAUGUCGAUAUCUGGGCGGUCGAUUUUCUUCGGCAUAAGGUCGAUUCUGCACAGCACAAUGACGCCAAGUGGGACAUGGUGAUGUUCUAUGAAAAGGUGCUGGAGGCAAAGAAGAACAGUCUGGACUUGUUAACGCUGGAAGAAGUCCUAGAUCGUGACUACAAAGACUGGACGGAGACGGCCCAGUCAUCUGGACAAACCGUCAAGCUUGGCUUUUGCUCGUCGGUUAAGCCGAUCCGCUGGAUCAUCCAGAAAGCCGGUGGGCCCCAACAAUUUUUGGAUGGCGUACGUCAAUUUGCGGCCCGGGAAGAUAAACAGCUGGAUGUGGUGGUUGUGAUGGCUUCGUUCACCUCGACCGAAGACGAGCAUGCUCGCGAAUUGUUUAUCUGCGCCGAUGGCGACUCGGGCGUGGCGGUCGACGGUAUCAAGGCAUUUGUCAAUGACUCUUCUUCGUUGGGUCUUGUUGAGUGGAUGCACUUAGAUGGCGAGUGCGUGGAUUUGGCUGACGAAGCGAUUCGGUCCACCCUGAAUGGGGCCUCGGGCGUCUGGAGACACAUCUGGGUCCAGACAAAUGCAAGUGCUAGUCGAAAGCUAGUCGCUCCGAUGCUACGGGAAGCUGUUGCCAAAUUAUAG